AUGGACGGUAGUGAUACACAUAUAUCUUAUCAGACAGAUUCCCAAACAACAUCAUCAGCGAUGACAAAUGUCGAUUCACCACGUCCAUUAUAUACAGUACCUGGUAUACUUCAUUUUCUUCAACAUGAAUGGACUAGAUUUGAAAUUGAACGACAACAAUGGGAAACCGAACGAGCAGAAUUUCAAGCAAGAAUUGCUUUUCUUCAAGGUGAAAGACAAGGACAAGAAAAUCUCAAAAAUGCACUUGUUAGACGUAUCAAAAUGCUUGAAUAUGCAUUGAAACAAGAAAGAUUGAAAUUUAACAAAUUGAAAUAUGGAAGUGAAAAUAUUCCAUUAGAAGAUCAAAAACUAGCAGCAAAUGAACCACCGAAUUUUGAUGAUGAUGAGAAUAAAGAUGAUCCAAAUUUAGCGUUUGGUGGCAGUAGUGUAUCUUUUAAACAAGGUCGUCAAUUACUUCGACAAUAUUUAAAAGAAAUUGGUUAUGUUGAUACAAUUAUUGAUAUACGUUCAACAGCUGUUAAGAAAUUACUUGGAAUUAAAAGUGAAGCAGAUUUAAAUGGAAAUAAUAACAAUAAUAAUAACAAUAAUAAUAAUAAUAAUAACAAUAAUACCGGUUUAAAUGGUGAUAUUAAACCAAUGAAUGACUCAAAACGAAUCAUUCCAAAUAUUAUUAAAAAUGCCACAAGUGAUUUAAGCAAAUCAGUUCUCGCAUCACUUGUCUUUCUUAAAGAAGAUCAACCCGAUGACGAAUCAAGUGAGGACGAUAUUGAUACUAGCCGUAUAAUGAUCAAAUCAAAUAAUGGUAAUACAACGAAUCAUAACUCUGGUCUUGAUACACUUAAUGAUCUUGACAGUGAAGAAGCUGCAUUACAUGAAUUUGAUUUUCUUACUGGAGAUGCUGCAACAAAUGCCAAUCUAAAUGAAAUGAAAUCAACUGAAAUUAAUAGUAAUGAAUGGGAUGUUGAUCAAUCUCGAUUAUCUCGUCUUAAAGAAGAAUAUAAACGUGAUCGUCAUGGUAAACAACAACAACAACAGCAGCAACAACAUCAACAACAACAAUAUCAAUCAACAAAUUCAUCAUCGAUUCGAAAUAGUCUACUUAAUAAUGGAAAUGAUGAUAUAUCUUCUGAGCAACGUGCAUUUUCAGACGAUGAACAAAUUAAUCGUGAAAUGGUUGAUACGAUGAUGUUUCGAAAUAGUAAAAAUUUUAUGGGAGAUAAUCCUGUAGAAGGUCUUGAUGAAUUAGCACGUGUUACAGUUUUAAAUGAUAAUGAAACACAAGAUGAAAAUACAACAAGUGAAUCAUCUGAUUUUCGAAAGACAUGGAAUGUUAAAUAUAUUUUACGGAGUCAUUUGGAUGGAAUACGUUGCGUUGCUUUUCAUCCAGUUGAAUCAGUUGUUGUAACUGGUUCAGAAGAUCGUACACUUAAAUUAUGGAAUUUAGAAAAAUCAGCGGUUUUAAGAAAAUCAGCAUCAACAGCACAAGAUCUUGAACCAAUUUAUACAUUUCGACGACAUACUGGUCCCGUUUUGUGCGUGGCAAUGAAUCCAUCCGGAGAACAGUGUUAUAGCGGUGGUCUUGAUUCAAUUAUAUCCGUAUGGAAUAUUCCAAAUUCUGAAGUUGAUCCAUACGAUUCAUAUGAUUCAAGUGUCUUGUGCAAAGUAUUAGAAGGUCAUACAGAUGCUGUUUGGCAAUUAGUUAUAUCCGGUCAAAAACUAUUAUCAUGUUCAUCGGAUAAAUCUAUUCGAUUAUGGGAUCCAAAUUUAACUCAACCAUUACAAUCAAUAUUUAAUAAUGAUGAUGUUCCAAUAUCAGUUGAUUGGUUAAAUCAAGAUACGAAUCGAUUUGUGGCAACAUAUGAUUCUUUAAAAACAGUUAUUUAUGAUACAGAAACUGGAAAAGUAAUAUCACAACUUAUUAAUGAUAAUUCAACAUCAGAUCCAAAUUAUCGAAUAAAUAGAAUAAUUAGCCACCCAUCACAAGGAAUUAUUGUCACUGCACAUGAUGAUAGCAAAAUACGAUAUUUUGAUAGUAAUUCUGGUCGAAUGAUACAUUCAAUGGUAGCUCAUCUAGAUACUGUCACAUCAUUAGCAAUUGACCCACAACAAUCAUGUCUUCUCUCUGGCAGUCAUGAUCGUUCAAUACGUUUAUGGAAUAUUGAAACCAAAAAUUGUAUACAAGAAUUAACAGUUCAUCAAAAGAAAGAUGAUGAAUCCAUACAUGACGUUGCAUUUCAUUCAUCAAAACCUUAUAUGGCCAGUGUUGGAGCAGAUUCAAUAGCAAAAAUUUACGCUUAA